AUGACAACACGUGCACGAGGCGUGGUCAUGAUGCUGAGCGAGGAUGCAGUGGAUGGACUGCCGCGACGGCAGCUGCAAACACUAUGCAAGGAGCGAGGCAUCAAGGCCAACAGCAAGACCGUGAAGCUGGUUGCGGAUUUGAAGGCUUGGAUUCGCGCCAACCAAGAGGAGCCACAGCAAGAGGAAGGACAAGAACAGAAGGAACCAGGGGAUCUGUCGAUGCCCACAAACCCAGAACAUCACGAACAGCACAAGCAGCAGCAACAACAAGGACACGCGCAAGAUCACAACAGCGAGUGCACGCAACAACACGGCGCAAGCGCACAAGGCGAAACAGGCAAGAACAACACCGAGCAGCUCCAACACCAGCAACGCCAACACCAGCAAAUGCCAGAGCGGCCGCAGCAACAGCAGCAACUACAAGAACACAUGCAGACCCAGAGACAACAAACAUCGACAGACAACGACACAACCCACAUGCAAGCCGAAGCUGGGUUCUGUGUUGUGCACGGUGGAGUAACACAGCGGCCACAUGUUCGGUUGCGACUGGUCAAUGGCUGUGUGAUGGUGGGGGACGCCGCCAGCAACACUGGCAGUGGUACCGACAUCGGCAGCAACAGCUGUGCCAGCACGGCAGACGCACAGCUGCUGCGACUGGUGCUGGAACCAGCCAUCUUGCUUGCAGGCAAGUCGACCCGCCCAACACAUAUGCCAGACAACAUGAUCUGCAGUCUGUGCUGCGAGGCCAAUGCGAAGAGGCUCCUCCGCCUCACCUCUUGCCCACUUCAGGAGGAAGCCCAGCAACAGCAGCAGCACCACCACCAGCACCACCACCACCAGCCCACAUUCUCGACACAUCCGCACGCACGCGCACAGCAUCCAAAUGCAGCAGCGCAAACCCACCGGCGGCAGCACCAACACCAACAAUCAGGUCGACGGGUUGAGUCGCGGUUGCCGAGAUUUGACUCACCAGCGCGGCAAGGCUUUGAGCAUCACGAGCAACAUCCACCAGCUCAUCCCGCCACAGCAACACGCGCCGCAAUUGCUAGGCAGCCGACUAGGAACGCCAGCGAACCGGCAACAACAGCGACGACAACGACAGCGACAAAGACAGCGACAACGCCAACGACAACAAGCGAAGCAAAACCGACAACAGCAACUGUGACAAGGAGCGGGCGUCCAGGGCGAACGUCGAUGAAGAAAACCACGCAACGACAGCAGCUGCGGCGACACAAACAGUCCAGGCGCGACAAGGCGCUGGCGGCGCGAGAUCGUCGCCGCACCCACAUCAUCGACCGUAUUCGCGACAUUCCUGACACCAGCAAAGGCAAGGAGAACCAGGAAGCCGCCACGGCCGUCAGCACCAAGGACGCUGUGCUGACCACUCCUCCUCCUCCUCCGAAACACGCCCACCAGCACCACCAGCAAAGGCGAGCAAGUGGUCAUGUCGAUCGGUUCCGACGAAAGAGCAUGUCUAGGCGGCGCCCGCUCAGCCCCAGGUUCGAGGGUGGUCGCAGCAGCUUGUGCCCUGACGCUGAAAGCACGCCGUCCCUGCCCGCAAGCCCCGCUGUCCGACGCGAGCGUGGCGAGCGGCUUUCCCUGGGCUGCCUCCGUCCCCCGAGGCCAGUGCGUGUGAGCAAGGCCGGAGGAGGAGGAGGAGGAGGAGGAGGAGGAGGCUUUGAGGUGAAGGAAGAUAUCGAGUACGCACGCCGUGUGGAUCAGCUCUUGCGCGCGGGGCUUGCUGAGGAGGAGCUGCUCUCCCUUGCAACACGUGGGGGCCCCAACGCCAAAGCCGGUGUCGCGUAG